AUGGCGGAGCCCCGCCCCUCGGCGGUCCCUCGGCCGCCGAGGGGCGGGGCCUCCGCCUGCCUGCCAAAGACAGCUGGCGCGCGGCCCCGCCCCUAUAUAAGGAGAGGCCGCAGCGCAGACCUCGGAGCGCGGUCGCCGCGUCUGCUGCGGGCGUCCCGCGGAGCCGGCACCAUGGCAGACCAGUCCUUUGUGACUCUAGCCACAAAUGAUUCCUAUGUGAAAGGAGCACUCGUACUUGGUUCAUCCUUGCAACAGCACAGAACAACAAGGAAGUUGACUGCACUUAUAACUCCUCAGGUCUCAGAUUCUAUGAGGGAAGUGCUAGAAAAAGUAUUUCAUGAAGUGAUAUUGGUAAACAUCCUGGAUAGUGGGGAUUCAGCACACUUAGCAUUAAUGAAAAGACCUGAGCUGGGUGUCACGUUAACAAAGCUUCACUGCUGGGAACUGACACAGUUUUCAAAGUGUGUUUUCAUGGAUGCAGACACAAUGGUUUUGUCAAAUAUCGAUGAGCUUUUUGAGAGAGAAGAGCUGUCUGCAGCACCAGAUCCAGGCUGGCCUGAUUGUUUUAAUUCUGGAGUUUUUGUUUACCGACCUUCCAUUGAAACAUACAAUCAGCUGUUACAGUUUGCCACAGAGAAAGGCAGCUUUGAUGGUGCAGACCAGGGGUUAUUAAACACCUUCUUCAGCAGCUGGGCAACAACAGACAUGAACAAACAUCUACCAUUUAUUUAUAACUUGAGCAGCAGUUCUGUGUACUCUUACCUUCCAGCAUUUAAAGCGUUUGGUGCAAAUACUAAAGUGGUGCAUUUCCUGGGAAGCACAAAGCCAUGGAACUAUACAUAUGACUCCAAAACAAAAAGCAUAAAAGGCAAUAUGGAUGACCCUAAAGUAGUUCACCCAGAAUUCCUCAACAUGUGGUGGGAUACCUAUAUGACUAAUAUUCUACCAUUAUUAGAGCAGCAUGGAAUUGCUAAAGAACCUACCACAGGUGUAAACAUGGCAGAGGUUACAGAGGCAGUGUCCCACAUCUCAGUAUCAACACCAUCACCAGUAUUACCAACCAUAUCUUCAGAAGAACGCAAGGAACGGUGGGAACAAGGUCAAGCUGACUACAUGGGAAUGGAUUCCUUUGAUAAUAUCAAGAAGAAACUGGACUCCUACCUUCAGUAGAAAUGCCAGUUUCAAGCACUGGCAAUACAAGGACUUGUUCCAGAACUAACAGCUAGAAAGGUUGUAGAUGGUGGUCAGUUAAGCUUGCUAGUAGUUCGAAAAAACUGUUGGCUGAAGGCCAGUGCAGUGCUACAGAUGAAGACUGAGCAAACGCUAGGAAGCAGAAUUCCUUGGGCCAGAUGUAAUUGCCCAAUAUCCAGUUCUCUCUACUAGAUAAAGGUAUUUUCAGCUCACAUUUUCUUCUGUUGCGAUCAAAGGGCUCAAAAUACUCCUUGACACUGGGUUUGUGCUUCACCACAUAAAGGUGAUUAGCACUGAUUCCUUUGCUUUCUGUUUUAGGUGUAAAAUCUGAUUGAUGGGAGUGCUCAUACACUAGAGUGAUCGCUAUUCUGCUUUACCAUAAAUGUAUUGAUGACAUUAGGAUACAUAAAUGUGUAACAGUAAUAGCACUGCUUUGCUCUUCUAGUCACAAUUGCACUGAAGUUUUGACCAGGUUUUCUUACACAGCGCAUACAGCGUGGCAGAAUGCAUUUGUUCAGUUCGAUAUUCUACAGGCCUUGUAAACUGAGCUUGAUCUGUUAUUUGCAUUUGAUGCAAAAAUAAAAACAAGUUAUGUUUCUGGCUUCCUCAAA